CUCCCCAAACCCCUUCUGCCUAAUCCAACUGAAUUAGAGGAUUUUGAAGUGGAUUUAAAACUAAAUCUUGAUUAGGGAGAAUUUCUCUCCAAGAGCUGCUGCACAGUAGUAUUAAUGGGAAGCGAUCGUGGACAGAGGAAAUAGGACAGAAAUAACCGAGGGUAGCACAGACGUCUGUGCACAAACUGAAAGAAUCAGAGAAUUUCUCGGGAGGAAAAGGGAGAAAUUAAGCGUCGACAUAACAGGACUCGGUGCCACGGGGCUGGAGGAGCGGGGAGCAGCCGGACCUGCAGAUCUGCCUUUAUUCGGCGCAGGGCUUGCAGGUGGGAAGCCAGCGGUGUGUGGAAGCCAGGAGGACAGGCAGCCCGUGCCCCCAUGCUCUCAGGACACAUGCCUGGAGGUGCCCAUGGGAUCCUCUCUCUGAUGACUGUGGUGUUUGUCCUCCCAGAGGUGUCUGGGCUCCAGUGCUACGGCUGCAACAUCAUCGUUGGCACCAAGUACGUGGACACGGGGUGCUCGAACCCAGAGGUGAUCACCUGCUCACACUCCCACCAGGGCUUCAAACACCGGUUCUGCAUUAAGACUGAAAGUGUGGUCCUGGGCAUCCUGCUGACCAGCGGCUGUGCCACCUCCCGUCACUGCCAGCAGCAGGAGCUGCCGGGGGUCCGCAUCCACUGCUGUGACACCGAUCUCUGCAAUGGCUCUCCCCAGCCUCCCCCCAGCCUCGCUGGUGGCUGCCUCCUGCUGCCCAGCCUCCUGGCAGCCCUGCUGCUCUCCUGAGCUCCCCAAGGCUGGGGAGUGAUGUGUGGCCCUCAGGGGGAACAGGAGAGGGGAUGAACCCAUCCCUGCUUGCCCCUCUCCUCAAUAAAAGCCACCAAAUGCUU